AUGAGUAUGAAUUUAUUUUGGAUGGACAAUAUAAAUGGCGUUAUUGGACGGAUCAACAUUGAUACAAGGGUAAAGACAAAAUUGGGCUCGAUACAGAGAAAAUAUCAUUACGGGCUUACCUAUGGCAUGACGCUUGUUGGAGAUAAACUUUACUUCCCAGAAGGCAACCAUGUAAGCAGAUUAAGUGUAGAUGACGGGGAACUGGACCAAGUUGGACCUUCAAACUUUUCCUGGUUAACUGGAAUUACUAGUUAUAAGAAAACUGAUAUUAAAACAGUUUUCAGCAAAUGUUUACAAAGCACGUGCAGCCAUCUAUGUUUACCUGUUUCCGGAAAAGAUUACAAAUGUGCAUGCUCAGAUGGUGACACAACCGCUUUGAAUCCUUGUCGGGAAACCAACGUUCGUAGAUGUUUAAGCGAUACUGAUUACAUGCAUAUCCAAUGGGAUACAGGAAUCCCAGGAAGAACCUCUAAGCAUAAAUGCCCGACUGGAUAUAGAGGUAAUGUAACAAGGUACUGUACAAUAACUGGAAUUUAUCAGGACCCUGUCUACAACUGUACGAAAAUUUCAAUUGAAAAUAUUUACCAAAAGUUAAUUAAUGCAACAAAAACUUGUCAGGUAAAUUUAGUUGAUGUAUUGGAUGAACUAUCAAAAUUGAGGACUUCCGGCCACUCUCGGAGAAUAGUACACUUUUGA